GCCCCCAGCCCUUUGUGACGUAGAACAAUGCCUGCCACGCGUCGGAACUCAGCUGCGGUGGCAGCGACUGGGCACGACUGACACGCGUGAAGGAACGCCGUGGUCAUCUGAGGCCAACUUCAGGAAUCAUGCCGUUUCUGUUAAGAUUAAUCGUUUUCUUUUAUAUAUGGGGCAUUUUUACCGCUCAGGGACAAAAGGAAGAGGAGAGCACAGAGGAAGUGAAGAUCGAAGUUUUGCAUCGUCCAGAAAACUGUUCUAAGACAAGCAAGAAGGGAGACCUGCUAAAUGCCCAUUACGACGGCUUCUUGGCUGAAGACGGUUCGAAGUUCUACUGCAGCCGGACACAAAAUGAAGGCCACCCCAAAUGGUUUGUUCUUGGUGUUGGGCAAGUCAUAAAAGGGCUAGACAUUGCCAUGAUGGAUAUGUGCCCUGGAGAGAAGCGGAAAGUGAUUAUACCCCCUUCAUUUGCAUACGGAAAGGAAGGCUAUGCAGAAGGCAAGAUUCCACCUGAUGCAACAUUGAUUUUUGAGAUUGAACUUUAUGCUGUGACCAAAGGACCACGAAGCAUUGAAACAUUUAAACAAAUAGACACAGACAACGACAGGCAACUCUCUAAAACUGAGAUGACAAAAUUGAGGUCCAGAGAGAUUAAAUUAUUUGUCCCAAGACCACAUAAUAAAUCACUACCUGCAAAGGGAGUUUAAAAAGGAUGAUAAGCCACGAGACAAGUCAUAUCAGAAUGCAGUUUUAGAAGAUAUUUUUAAGAAGAAUGAUCAUGAUGGUGAUGGCUUCAUUUCUUCCAAGGAAUACAAUGUAUAUCAACAUGAUGAACUGUAGUAUAUUUUUAUUUCUAAAUUUUCUUAGGUACUUACUGUACUUUAUAUAUAAAACAAAGUCACUUCCCUAGAACUUGUCUUUUAUGUUUUCCUCCCACGAGAGUAUAUUUUGAUGCCAUCAAUACACGUAAUUUUGGCAUAAUAAAUGUGUGGUAUUUUGCAAAUUUAACGUUCAGGAAAAGUA